AUGCCGAAUCGUAAGGAGAGUCUAUUUUACCAAAAGAUCAAGCCCUGUAUUGAGAAGUAUCUACCACGUUAUUCCCCCUCAGAAGAGGGCCACAUACAAUUCGAGUGCAACUGCGAAUUUUCUUACGGAAAUAGCGGCUUCCGCGAUAAAUACCAAUCUGCCAGUUGUGAUUUGUUGAACGCUUUAAAUAAAAGCGGCAUUUUUGUGGGACUGCUAUUCAUUAAGUAUAACUAUGAAACGGCUAAGAGGCAUAACCUGUUUGGGGGCCAACUGGAAGGAAGAGAAAAGGAUUUGUAUCAUAUGUGCAGUGUGCAAAAGGUUAGGUGGAAAAAUGUGGGCAUAAUAAUCACAGCUUCGCAUAAUCCCCAUGAUGAAAAUGGAGUAAAAAUAAUUGACAAAAAUGGGAGACAAAUAAAUGAAUCAUACGAAAGUUAUUUAACAGAUCUGGUAAAUAGACAUUUGAGAUUUCUUCGGAAAAAUGAAAAAUGCUCCAUCAAUGACAUCGUCGAUAAUAUAAUCGACUGUAUUGUUCAUCUGUUCAAGGAAGAAGCACACAUCGAUCUGUAUGAUGAUUUCGCUUUUGAGAGUUUACGAAUGUUAGACAAUAUGAUAAACUAUUUUAAUAGACAUAAUGCUAUCAAGGCGAAUGUGUGCAUCGGGUUUGACACGAGGAGCAGCUCCAUACACCUCAAUCAGAUUCUUGUCGAAACGUUGAGUCUGUUAAACAUUUGCAAGUGCGUAAAUAAUAUGUUUUAUGUUACCACCCCGUGCAUGCACUUUGUGGUAUAUUUUUUUAACGCAGUUAAUGUGGAUGAAGCGUUGGACCCCGAUGUCAUCAAUUCGGGUGGAAACUCUCUUCAUAAAGAGUUGGGGGACUUGGAUUAUCUCCGCCAUUUCUGCCUCCCGGGAGGGAAUGCUCUCCCCCAGGAAUUGUAUUACGGGAGGAGCGAGAAUUCAUAUGAUCAACUUUCACAUCCUGAGGGGGAGGUAAGAACGGUGCAAAGUAGCAAUGUAACCCACUUGAUGGGGUAUAACAGCGACCGGAUUUACUUUGACUACUUUACGCACGCCUUCAAAAAGCUCUACAGAUGCCUGGACGAAAUAUUUAAGGGAGUUCUGACAAAAAAUUGUGAAGAAGAAAUUAUCCAUGUGGACUGCUCCAACGGAGUAGCUAGUCUUAAAUUGGAUAAUUUCUGUGAUGUUUUUAAAAUGUUAAAAAAAAAAAUUAUUAAAAUAAAUUUUGCAGAAGAUGAAGAAAGCGUUUUGAACUUUCACUGCGGAGCAGACUAUGUAUACAGCAAGAGAAAGCUACCUCUUGAUAGAAGGAACUGUCUGGGUGGUGGCCACACCAAGUCUUGUUCAUUUGAUGGGGAUGUUGACCGCAUCGUCUACUUCUAUGUGGACAACACAGGAAGGAAAUGUACCCCCGAAGAAUGGGACACAACAUUAUCCCCUCCGAUGGGAGAUACAAAAUUGGACCAUCAUCAGGACGACAAAAUUCUCAGAUGUACCAAGUGUGUAUCCAUCCUAGAUGGGCCGAAAAUCAUUUGUCUAUUUUUUAAGUGCAUCACCAAAAUUAUGAGUCCCAUUCAAGUGGGAAAAAAAAGUGGAGAUGUGGAAGAAGGAAAAAAAAAAAAAAUUAACAUCACUAUUGUUCACACAGCUUACGUGAACUCAGCUUUUAUUCACCACAUGAAUGAAGAGAAACGACACGCCAACAAAAAUAUGGACCUCUUCCAAUACAUUAAUGUAAAUAUCGUUUGUACGAAAACAGGCAUUAAGUACCUGGACCAGGUUGCAAGAAAGUCUACCAUCGCGAUAUUGUUCGAGCCGAAUGGCCACGGUACCAUCUAUACAAAUAUCUCCCAAUUGAAUGAGUGGGCCACUUGGUUGGAAAUACAAAAUGAUAAAUAUUUCUUGGCGCUUAAAAAAUUUCUCCUUUUUUUUAAUCAAACGACAGGAGAUGCUAUGGUCGACUUUAUUGCCAUCGAAUUGUGCCUAUCAUUUCUCCAUCUGAGUAUACAUGACUGGGAUGACUUCUACACCCCAUUCCCUUCCCUCUACAUCAAUUUACCGUGCUCGAAAUAUAUGUUGUGUAAGAUAAUUGCACACCCAGAGCAUGAGAAAUACCUAAUAGCGCCACAGAGUUUGCAAAGUCAAAUAGACAAAAUAGUGCAAACGGUGGACACCGCACACGGAAGAUGCUUUAUAAGAUCCUCUGGGACGGAACCGCUGAUUCGCAUUUACGCGGAGGCACGAACUGUUGCUCAGCGGGAUGAGAUUCUGCGCCUGGUGCGGGGGGCUGUCCUUCAGUAUAUGCAGGGGUGUGUGGAGAAGUAG